AUGGGCUCGGCGGAGGCCCCGGCAGGUGCUGCCUUAUUGGCGCCGCGGCUGGUAGCGGCGGCUCGGGAAGAGCUGGCGGCUGGGGCCGGGCGGCGGCGGCGGUGGUUGCCGGCAGCCCGAGCCUUGCAGCUGGCCGGCGAGGUGCUGGCGGUGGCGGCGGGGCUGAAGCCGGCCUUGUUGUACGACUGCAGCGCGGCGGGGAUGGCCGAGCUGCGGCGGUACCUGGCUCGGUUGAGGGAGGCAGGGCUGGCCCCGAGCCGCCUGCAUUUGUUGGGUGUGGAAGGCUCGGCCCUGCUGCUGCACUCGGGGCUCGUCCGGCGGAGGCUGACGGCUGUGCUGCGAGCCCACCCUGCACCCUUCAUGGAUGUCUCUGCGGGGCGGCAUUGUCCCGUUCUCUGCGGGCCGGUGGAGGCUGAGGCCAUCAAGGGACACCUCGCUGCCCUCCUCGCUCACCUGGGGGCUGCAGAGGCUUCCAGCGCUGGCCCUCUGUCCUCCAGCGAGGUUGUCCCCACGGGCUGGAACCUCUGCACCAUCGUCGGGGUGCUGCUGGGCUACCCGGUGGCAUACACCUUCGCCAUGGAGGAGGGGGAGAACUGCCUGGCAAUGACACCGCUGAGAGUGUUCACAGUCCAGGCUUCCUGUCCCAGGAUAAGUGACAGUCUCAGAGUCCAGAUCUACUCCUUCAGUAUCCCGGAGAUCCUCUGCAUGGAGCUGAAGGAGGUGCUGGACACCUGGUGUGGUGAGCUGAAAGAAGCCUUCAGUGCUCAGAGAGACUUUGUAGACCUCCGCAUUGCAAGCGAGGUGGUGUCGCUGCCAGCCGUUGCCUUGUAA